UCUCAGCUUUUUUAUUUUGUUUUCUUGAUUUGUAUUGGGGACUUUGGAAACUGAUCCAGCCUUGCUGUGAGUGAGUUGUGUUGGCUGAGUGCCUGGGAUGUUUCUUGGCCAUGACUGAACGCAGCUGUUCAUCUAUCGUGGAUCUCCAUCACGUCGAGGUCCUAUGCAGAGGUGCUGCAAGCUCAGCCAAUAAAUUUUGUUCGACGUUUGGAUUUCGAGCGUUCGCGCAGAAAUCUGAGCAUGUUGCCGUCAGAUCUGAAAGGACGGUGUUUCUGUUCCGCGAAAGGCAUUCCCUGUACCCUGUGGACACGGUAGCGUCUCUCUGUUUUAUUGUGGAAGAUGUAACAGAAGCAUUCGAACGGGCCGUUCGGGCGGGAGGUGAGCCUUUGGUGGCACCAACCAAUAUUGAGGAUCGAUUUGGUCGUGUGCAAGUGGCUGAAAUCAGAACACCGUUCGGCAACAGCGCUCUAAAAUUCGUGAACACGACGGAUUAUAACGGUGUAUUCUUACCCGAGUAUGAGGACGUGGCGUGCUGUUGCGAAACAGCCAGGACUGGAGAAACAUGCCAGGAACAGCGCUCGCUGGAAUGCAGCCGAAACGAGUUGACGUAUGGAUGUGACCACGUGACGUAUGCUUGUCAUCGAGGGAUGCUGGACGAGUGCGUGCAGUGGUUUUCUACCUGUUUGGGUUUUCAGCGCCUCAGCAUCAACCAGGCAGAGGAAGCUGAGCGCGGGUUCAUUGUUGACUCGGCCGCAGGAAGCGUUGGCAUGCGUCUAAAGGCAAUGGACUAUUUCCGCUGUCGAGAAUCCCAACUUGUACUGGCACCAGACCAGCGCAAUGCCCCGCCAACGACAUCAACAAUGACAUCAUCAACAAGCAAUUCAUCUUCGUCAUCAUCUUCGUCAUCAUCAUCAUCAUCUGAUCGCCAUCUUGGCGUGAAGCUAGUGUUUGCUGAGCCCCUCACUGACGGAGCUAACCAGGUUCAGUUGUUCCUAAACGAUCACGGCGGCCCGGGAAUCCAGCACAUUGGUCUCACGUCACGCGAUAUCUUCUCAACCAUCGAGACAAUGCGCCAGGCACACGCCCAGUUCAUCUUCAUUCCGCCAGACUUUUACUCGCAGUGUCACGAUCUGGUCACUCAAUCUUGCGUUUCGCUGCCGGGAGACACUUUGUCUAAGCUGGAACAUAGCAACAUACUGCUGGAUAUUGAAGAAAACGUUCUCGGGGAAUCAAGGUAUCUGAUGCAAGCCUUCACCAAGCCGCUCUUCUCGGAGUCGACGUUCUUCCUCGAGGUCAUCCAACGUGUCGGCGCUACAGGGUUCGGUGCCGGCAACAUUACUGCCCUCUGGCGCGCACUGCAGCAGCACUUUGCCCGCCAGCAGCAACAGCAUACCAUCACCACCGCAGCCACCACUGCAACGGCAAAAGCAACAACAGCGGCAUCAUCAACAUCGGCAUGCAUGGCGUCUGUGCACUCGUCGCCGUCCGUGGUGAACUGUGACGUCACGUGAUAUCCCGUGCGUGUUUUCCAACCACUGUGAUGUCACGUGAUGCCGUGCGUGUGUUUCUGUGACCGCUGUGAUUCACAAGGACGCCGUUGACCCGUGCACGAGUGCGCAACAACAGCGUUGUCCUAACCUAGAUCGUGCCAUGUAGCGGUGAUACCCCACGCGCUAUGACGUCAUCCGCAGUCCGUGCCGAUGAUCAUGACAUCAUCCACAGUAUGUGCUGAUGAUAAUGACGUCAUUCACAGUAUGUGCUGUUGAUAGUGCCGUCAUCCACAGUCUGUGCUGAUGAUAAUGACGUCAUCCACAGUCUGUGCUGAUGAUAAUGACGUCAUCACGAUGUCAUCGGUUCUAGCUGAGUGCAGUAAACACGCCAUGAUUAGUCCGCAAAACCAGUUCAAUGAUAGCUCCGCCGAAUUCACACUUAGUCGGCCGGAAUGUGGGCAGAGUGUUAUUACGCACCCUGUUCACAUUCACCUGCAGUUGCUGGUGAUAGAAACUCCAGCGCUGAACAAGCUUGACUCACCAGACCUCCUCAUGCAUGCGGAGAAAGUGUCCUCGCGCUGCAAACUCUUUUUGCAUGCGCCGUCGUAGGUUUAUUUUUUAUUCUAUUUAUUCUAUUUUUGCGUUGCUGCUGCUACCUCGCUAUGUUACCAGACCCUAUAUCGAACCCCCAUGAAUCGAUUCUAUUCCCGAUUUGCAGUAUUUAAUUCACACCAGCGAUUGCUACAGGUACAAUGGUUGCUCAAUCCUAUUGAGAUAUCCUUACAACAAUUGCUCAAUUGUAUUGAGAUGUCCUUACAACGAUUGCUCGCUCGUAUUGAGAUGGCCUUACAACGAUUGCUCAAUUG